GAAAUUGAGGAAAUGGGAGGAAGAAAGCUAUACAGGCGGCGGUGCUUUGGGGAGGGUUUCCAACUGGGCUCCAAAUUAUACGGCUGAAAGAGGCUUGGCGAGGAAAGAUGAUAGCGUGCGGGAGCAUUUUGAAUUGGGCAAACAGAGGAUUAUUGCCCGGUAACACCUUUUCACUUCACAUUCUCUUCCAUUUCUCUGCUUUUCACAAUGAACCGCAUAGUAGAAAAUCAGGGCUCAAAAGUAGCAAGAAGCUUGAUGAUGAUCUUGUUCUGUACCGUCGCAUGGUCCGGAUGGAACCCCGCCCUAAAAUCAUCCAGUUCAACCAAAUCUUGAAUGGCAUUGUGAAGACGGGCCGCUACAGUGACGUCGUCUCUCUGUUCAGAGACAUUUUUGCUUCUGGCAUUGGGGUGGACCAGUACACGCUGGGCAUUGUUGCCAACUCUCUCAUCCAUUUGCACCAAGUAGAUUUGGGUUUUGCUGUCUUGGGCACCCACUUGAAGCUCGGCCUUGUGCCCAAUGUCAUUUUGUUCAACACCUUACUCAAAGGGUUGUUCCUUCAAGGCCGGGUUCGAGAUGCUAUUUGGCUGUUCCAGAAGCUAUUGGAUGAGAAAGUGUGCGAGCUAAGUGAUGUCACAUUUCUGGCACUAGUCGAUGGCCUCUGCAAGGCGGGACACACCAGCGAGGCUACCAAGUUGCUUCAUUUGUUUGACGAGAAAGGAAACUGCAAGCCAAAUGUACGUGCAUAUAGCGCUGCUAUUGAUUCAUUGUGCAAGGAUAAAAUGGUGGACGAUGCCCUUGUCCUGUUAGCCAAGAUGACUGAAAAGGGCAUUCAUCCCAAUGUUGUGACCUAUAGCUCCCUAAUUCGCGGACUCUGUGCAUUCAGUCGAUGGGACGAGGUCAAGGAGUUAGUGAAGAGAAUGAUGCACUAUAAUAUUCCUCCCAAUGUCCAUACAUACAACAUAUUAGUUGAUAGGUUUUGCAAGGAAGGAUGGGUCAGUGAGGCUGAAAAAAUCAUAGAUGCAAUGAUUCAAGAAGGUGUAGAUCCCGACGUAAUCACGUAUAAUGCUUUGAUGGAUGGGUACUGCAUAAAAGGAAAGAUAGACAGUGCAUUGGAAGUUUUAAAGAACAUGAUACAGAGGGGAUGCGAACCUAAUAUUUGGACUUACUCUAUAUUGAUAAAUGGGUAUUGCAAGAGUGAGUGUUUAGAUAAGGGCAUGCAAUUGUUUGAAAUAAUCCCUAGCCUUGGUCUAAAGCCAACGUUGGUUACCUACAACCAUAUGUUGGAGGGUUUAUUUCGAGCAGGGAGAUGUGAUGACGCUGAGAAGCUUUUUAACAAGAUGGUAGAAAAUAGAGAAUAUCCAAAUCUUGUCACCUACAAUAUUAUUUUGGAUGGCUUCUGCAAGAACCAUUGUGUUGCUCAAGCACUCUCUUUACUGAGGAUGAUGGAAGUUAAAGGUCCUAUCCCCGACAUAGUUAGCUAUACUACCAUCAUACAUGGACUUUUCAAUGAUGGAAAGUCAUGCACUGCGAUAGAACUAUUCAAUUGCCUUCCAUCUAAAGGUCUGCGGCCAGAUAUGAUAAGUUAUGUAACUAUGAUAAGGGGACUUUGCCAAGAAGGCUUGCUAGAAGAUGCAAAAGAUAUGCUCAAGGAAAUGGAGAAAAAUGGUGUUGUUCCAGAUAGUGUGGUAUACAAUGAACUGAUCUAUGGGUUAAUGAAAAAGAAUGAGCACUGUGAUGCUUUAUUACUUUUGGAGGAGAUGUCAAGACUUGGAUUCUCACCUGACAAAAGAACUUGUGAAAUUUCACUCGAGUCAAUCAUACAACAAGGACCGGAUUCCACUCUGCUGCAUAUGCUUCUGAACAUCAAAGAGAAUGAUUAAAUACCCAUAUCUUGGAUCUUUUUCUAAACCAAAUUGUACUCUGUAUCAUUCUCUGUUUAGGAAUCUUGAAUCUUUUUCUGGACCAAAUUGUAUAUUCUAAUUUACUUAAAACCGAAAAAUGACUAAACUACAGUUACCUCCUCCAACUUAAUUAAUAGAGUUUAAAACUGCUUCAACAGUAAUUGUUGCAGUUGAGUGUAUCAUGUGAUGAUUGCUCUGAGGUAGUGAGGUGCUAUACUUUCAAAAGAUUUUCUUACCCUGGUAAGGACUUAAUGUAGUGUUGAAUUUUAGUAGAACAGAACCAAGUCUACUGUUCUUGGAUUCGGACCUUCGAACUUAUGCUUUGUUCUGUAUUUUAUGAACUACACAAAUAUUCAUAUCCUUGGCGUUGGGGUUUUUUUUAACCUUACAAUGCAAGGGAACGGUGUAACGGGUUUGAUGCUUGAUAUGUAUGAUCUGAACAAUGAUAUUUGGUUUUGCCAUUCUUUUGGAGGAAAAUGCAUGCCAAAACUACACUGCUCUUUUUAUUUACUUUAUUAUACCUUUAGCCCGUGGCACAUUAUCGGAUGGGCAGAGCGUGGCUGCUUAGCCUCAAUACGUCUCUUGAUUUGGCUUUUUAACGGAGCAUCCAACUUUUCCAUAAGAAUUGGAACAAAGAAAAACCAACUUGACGAGAGAUGGACACAAUCAACUAGAGAUGCAAGAGAAAGGAGAAAAAGAAAUACUUCGAGAAAAAAAGACAUAAAAAGGUAGGUAUUUU